ACAUUUCAUUUCUUGUGAUCUCAUAAAACAAACGAAGCCUUUGAAUUUCUUUUCCUUUUACUCUCACCGAUCGAAAGAGUCUAUCUGAUCUUCUUCUUGUGUCUCCGGGCGUCUCUCUCGCGAGUCCAAAAGCCGAGGUUUGUUUUUCGGAAUUCCAGAUUAGAAAGUCAUCGGGAAACGAUGUCGUCGGGGAGGAAGAUAACGCUGAGAAGCUCGGACGGCGAGACUUUCGAGGUGGAUGAGGCGGUGGCACUGGAGUCUCAGACGAUCAAGCACAUGAUCGAGGACGACUGCGCCGACAAUGGCAUACCGCUCCCGAACGUGACCAGCAAAAUCCUCUCCAAGGUCAUAGAGUACUGCAAGAAACACGUCGAGGCCCCCAAGGCCGAGGACCGCGCCGCCUCCCUGGACGAGGACCUCAAGACCUGGGACGCCGAGUUCGUCAAGGUCGACCAGGCCACCCUUUUCGAUCUUAUCCUGGCUGCAAACUAUCUGAACAUCAAGAGUUUGCUGGAUCUGACUUGCCAGACAGUGGCUGACAUGAUCAAGGGCAAAACCCCCGAGGAAAUCCGCAAGACAUUCAACAUCAAGAAUGACUUCACACCAGAGGAAGAAGAGGAGGUUCGCAGGGAGAACCAAUGGGCCUUUGAGUAAAAGAUCCAAAUUGAAAAGUCCUGUAUUUUUCGUGGCUUAUGUUUUUCUUUUGUGCUGAGGAAGGGGAUGUUGUUUCAAUGUGUCCAAGACUUUCUAGUUAUUCAAGUACUAUCUAGUUGCUGCUGCUAUGAACAAUGGUUGUUUUGCUUAAACAUGUGCCCCCACCCGCUUCCCCCUAUUAGUAUGUUAGUGUGGUACAUGUUCUCUUCUCAGCUAUGUCUGAUGCAAAAGGUGAUUCACCAUCCACUUUGUUGUC